AACCAUCAUUACACCAGUCAUUCAGUGCACCUGCCCAUCAAUCAGUCAAUAAACAGGCUGUCAAAUGUCAUCACACUGAGUUUGUACCUUUACCAUAAAAAACAUCAACAUGUGAGUAUACUUCAAUUUCACAAUAAGAUGAAGCUACCAAAAUAAAGUUCCUGGUUUCCUGUCAGGGUUGUGAUGUGUACAAUAAAGAUUAAAUCUGAUACAGAUGAAUACAGUCUGUUAAUAUUUGACUUUAGCUGCUCCAGGUAUUUUAUUCCAAAGGUCAGCGCUGUGCUGAUCAUAUUUCUUCAAAGUGAACUUCUGGUUAAAGAUUCAUUCAGAGUUGAAUCUUCCUGCUGUGAGUUUCAUGUUUGUUCUUCCUACGUUUGGUUUCCUGGUUGAAGCUUGAUGAAAAUGAUUUUCAGCAUCUAAAGAUGAAGGUAGAAAGUCUCUGUGAGCUGAUGUGGAUGUGAAUCCAGCAGCAUCUGUCCAGGUGUUUCUCUGCUAUGGAUCAGUGUGAGGACAGAGAGGAGGGAGUCCCUCCCUCUAAAAGCUCUCUGUGUGGGGAACAUGACAGCCAGACCAAAGCUCAGAGAACAAAGAAGCAGCACAGACCAGACUCUGCUGGACAAGAACCUGGACCUGAACCCAGCUGUGUGUCCAUGAAGAGUGACCGGUCCAUGGGGAAACCUAUACAUUUUAAUCCUGUACAACCUGCUGAUAGAAGGAUCCAGCAGAGACCAGAAUAUCCUGGACCUGAACCCAGCUGUGUGUCCCUGAAGAGUGACCGGUCCAUGGGGAAACCUAUAAAUUUUAAAUCUGGACAACCAGCUGAUGGAAGAGUGGACCAGGAGAGCUCAGAGGUUCCCAGUGGUCAGUCUGCCCAGCAGCAUAAAACACACCUGGACUCCAUAUUUAUGCUGCUGGAGGAGAACAUCGUCACUUUUGUGAAGAACGAGCUGAAGAAGAUGCAGAAGCUUCUGAGUCCAGAUGACCCAGAAUGCUCAGAGAGUCAGAGGGAGGAUGAGGAGGUAGAGGCAUUUCUGAAGAUCACACUGCACUUCCUGAGGAGAAUGAAGCAGGAGGAGCUGGCUGACUGUCUGCAGAGCAGAACUCCUGCUGCAAAGUGUCGACGUAAACUCAAGUCUAACCUGCAGAAGAAGUUCCAGUGUCUGUUUGAGGGGAUCGCUAAAGCAGGAAACCCAACCCUUCUGAAUCAGAUCUACACACCGCUCUACAUCACAGAGGGAGGGACUGCAGAGGUCAAUGAUGAACAUGAGAUCAGACAGAUUGAAACAGCAUCCAGGAAACCAGACAGACCAGAAACAAUAAUCAGACAAGAAGACAUCUUUAAAGCCUCACUUGGAAGAGAUGAACCAAUCAGAACAGUGAUGACAAAGGGAGUGGCUGGCAUUGGGAAAACAGUCUUAACACAGAAGUUCACUCUGGACUGGGCUGAAGACAAAGCCAACCAGGACAUACACUUCACAUUUCCAUUCACUUUCAGAGAGCUGAAUGUGCUGAAAGAGAAAAGGUACAGCUUGGUGGAACUUGUUCAUCACUUCUUUACUGAAACCAAAGAAGCAGGAAUCUGCAGGUUUGAAGUAUUCCAGGUUGUGUUCAUCUUUGACGGUCUGGAUGAGUGUCGACUUCCUCUGGACUUCCACAACAAUGAGAUCCUGACUGAUGUAACAGAGUCCACCUCAGUGGAUGUGCUGCUGACAAACCUCAUCAGGGGGAAACUGCUUCCUUCUGCUCGCCUCUGGAUAACCACACGACCUGCAGCAGCCAAUCAGAUCCCUCCUGAGUGUGUCGGCAUGAUGACAGAGAUCAGAGGGUUCACUGACCCACAGAAGGAGGAGUACUUCAGGAAGAGUUUCAGAGAUGAGGAGCAGGCCAGCACCAUCAUCUCCCACAUCAAGACAUCACGAAGCCUCCACAUCAUGUGCCACAUCCCAGUCUUCUGCUGGAUCACUGCUACAGUUCUGGAGGAUGUGUUGAAAAGCAGAAAGGGAGGAGAGCUGCCCAAUACCCUGACUGAGAUGUACAUCCACUUCCUGGUGGUUCAGGCCAAACUGAAGAACAUCAAGUAUGAUGGAGGAGCUGAGACAGAUUCACACUGGAAUAAAAAGAGCAGGAAGAUGAUUGAGUCUCUGGGAAAACUGGCUUUUGAGCAGCUGCAGAAAGGCAACCUGAUCUUCUAUGAAUCAGACCUGACAGAGUGUGGUAUCGAUAUCAGAGCAGCCUCAGUGUGCUCAGGAGUGUUCACACAGGUCUUUAAAGAGGAGAGAGGGCUGUACCAGGACAAGGUGUUCUGCUUCGUCCAUCUGAGCGUUCAGGAGUUUCUGGCUGCUCUUCAUGUCCAUCUGACAUUCAUCAAGUCUGGAGUCAAUCUGCUGGCAGGAGAACAAACAACAUCCUGGUGGUCUAAACUGAUUACCCCCUGGUGGUCUAAAGUCUUUAAAGACAAACCUGAACCAACACGUUUCUACCAGAGAGCUGUGGACGAGGCCUUAAAGAGUCCAAAUGGACACCUGGACUUGUUCCUCCGCUUCCUCCUGGGUCUUUCACUGCAGACCAAUAAGACUCUCCUACGAGGUCUGCUGACACAGACAGGAAGUACCUGGUGGAUCAGUCAUGAAACAGUCGAGUACAUCAAGUAUAAGAUCAGUGGGAAUCUGUCUGCAGAGAGAAGCAUCAAUCUUUUCCACUGUCUGAAUGAACUGAAUGAUCGUUCUCUAGUGGAGGAGAUCCAACAGUACCUGAGAUCAGGAAGUCUCUCCACAAAGGAACUGUCUCCUGCUCAGUGGUCAGCUCUGGGCUUCAUCUUACUGUCAUCAGAAGAAGAUCUGGACAUGUUUGACCUGAAGAAAUACUCUUCUUCAGAGGAGGCUCUUCUGAGGCUGCUGCCAGUGGUCAAAGCCUCCAACAAAGCUCUGUAAGUACACAAAUAGAGUCAACACAGAAUUAUCCAGAUUAAUGUAUUCAUUGAUUGCUUGAUUCAGAAGAUACUCAAACAUAUUUUUUCAAGCGGAGAGAAAAAUAUCUAUUAUUUAAAUAUUUUUCUAAAUGUAUUCUUCAGACUGAAUCACUGUUACCUCUCAGAGAGAAGCUGUGCAGCUCUGUCCUCAGUUCUCAGCUCCCAGUCCUCUAGUCUGAGAAAUCUGGACCUGAGUAACAACAACCUGCAGGAUUCAGGAGUGAAGCAGCUUUCUGCUGGACUGGAGAGUCCACACUGUACACUGAAGACUCUCAGUCUGUCAGGAUGUCUGAUCACAGAGGAAGGCUGUGCUUCUCUGGCCUCAGCUCUGCGCUCCAACCCCUCCCAUCUGAGAGAGCUGGACCUGAGAUACAAUCAUCCAGGAGACUCAGGAGAGAAGCUUCUGUCUGCUGGACUGGAGGAUCCACACUGGAGACUGGACACUCUCAGCCUACAUCCUGCUGGAGUCCGAUGGUUGACACCAGGUCUGAGGAAGUAUGCCUGUGAACUGGAACUGGAUCCAAACACAAUGAACAGAAAACUCAAACUGUCUGAUAACAACAAGAAGGUGACACAUGUGAUGGAGGAGGUUCAGUCAUAUCCUGAUCAUCCAGACAGAUUUGAUCACUUUCCUCAGCUGCUGUGUAGAAAUGAUGUGACUGGUCGAUGUUACUGGGAGGUCGAGUGGAGAGGAAGAGGAGUUGAUAUAUCAGUGAGUUACAGAGGAAUCAACAGGAAAGCAGACAGUGCUGACUGUUUGUUUGGAUGUAAUGAUCAGUCCUGGAGUCUGAGGUGCUAUGUUGAUGAAGGUUACUCUGUCAUUCACAGUAACAGAGUGAAUUACAAAUGGUGUGAUGAUCAUGAAUGGGAUGAGCUUUCUAUGUGGGCCCUCUCCUCCUCCUCCUCCUCCUCCUCUGUCUCUAACAGAGUAGCAGUGUAUGUGGACUGUCCUGCUGGCACUCUGUCCUUCUACAGAGUCUCCUCUGACACACUGAUCCACCUCCACACCUUCAACACCACAUUCACUGAACCUCUGUAUGCUGGGUUUGGGGUCUACUGGCCUGAUUCCUCAGUCUCUCUGUGUCCUCUGUAGGAGGAUGUUUACUUUAUGAUGGUA